UGUAUGCUAAUGCAGUCAUAAAAUAUAAUUUUAACUUGGCAAGGCAGGGAGCGGGAUUCAUAAAGGAAAACAUCAUAAAAGUCAUAACUGGACCUUGUAACCACAUCUGCCAAGAUGUGUCAAAGUUGGUGUUAUAAAGUAGAUAAUCUUGAAAAUCCUGUUUUUGGGGAAAAAAAGUCAGUCCAUUUGUCACAGAUGGAUGGAUUGUUGUUACAUACACAGAGACAAAAUUGGGAGUUGGGAUGGGGUGGUGGGGGAGGCAGGAGAUGGGUGAGCUGAGUUGGAAGGAACAACGAUCCUCCGUGUUUUAUGAUUGUGACCCUCAUUUCCUCUCUCACUAACAGACUGCUGUAGCUAAUUAGCAAAUCAAAAGAAACAGAAACAAUUCUAGACCUCAGCACAAUCAAAUUAGUGGAGUUAUUUGAGGAUAUCAUUUUCACACAGUGCAAUCAUGCUCUCUUUGUUUUGGUCAAACGAGUGAAAAUUAUCUUUCAAACCCGACGCCCUUCCCUCUACCCAACUGGCUCUGUGGAUAGUGGCAUUUCCUAUCUGCUCUCAUAAGUUUUACAGAUGAUCUUUUUCUAUUAAGACAGGAAUGUACAAUGUACAAUUAAACAAUACCCAACAAGCUUCCCUUUUAAAAAUACAUUUGACUUUUAAGGUGAUUCAGCAGUAAGAGCCAUUAGUACAUCAUCUAAAUCAGGACUUGGAAAGUUUAUUAAAAUUGGAUUUUUAACCUGAUCCCAAUUUCCUUUGCAGAUAAAGAGUCCCACUGGAGUCUUUAAUAUUCAUGCUAUUAACCUGAAAGAUUCAAACAACCAUGAUGGGAAGAGAGGCUAUACAGGGCUGCCCACUAGACUAAGGUUACAAAUAAAAUCCCAUUGAGUCUGGGCAGGUAGACUACUGUGGAUUCUGGGCAUCUUCAAAAGGAGCAAAUUCUCUCUUUUUCUCCUCUCUGCUUUACCUGACUUCCCCCUCUCCUAUUACAUAUUUUGGGGGAAAGAGAAAAACUACAAAAAUAGCAAACAUAAGCACACUACUCAAUUACAUAGAGCACUGGACUAGGAGUCUAGUUUUUACUGGAAGGGUGGUUUCCUCCUCUAGUGCUCUAAUGAACUCCCUCAAUUAUAAAACAGGGAAGUCUGGGCUAAUAAUCUCUAAGAUUGGUUGAGAAGAUGCACUUUGGAGUCAGGUGAGAACUAUUUGAAUAUCAAUCCUACCACUUAUUAGUAUGUCACCUUGAAUGCGUCACUAAACUCUUCUAAAGCUCUGUUUCCCCAUUCAUAAAAUGAACAAAAGGUGCAGCUCAUAUGAUUCAUUUUGCAUCGUACCUGGCACUGGAAGCCUUAGAUACACGUUAGCUGGUAUUAUUACUGAUCACUGCCCAAACGCAUAGGUCAGUUGCUUUUGUUUCUAUUUCAUGCCUUUUCACUCCUUGAGCCUUUAUCUUCUUCAGGACAAUUUGCAACUGUGUUAACUGAUGCCUGUGAGUUUCUGUAAAGAUAGGCUAUGAGUGCUAGCCUUGUUUUUCCUUGACAUAAGAUUUUAUGCUCCCUUAGGGCAAUAGAGAUGUCUUAAUUUUUCAUCUCUCCCUUGGUAACUGGCAUAGUGUUAUACACAUACCAGGUGCUCAAUAAAGACUUGGAGAUCUUAAAAUAUCAGCAGUACAGAGAUCUUCCACGAAAACCCUCUCAUUUUUCAGUUGUUGGCACAGAGAACAAGAGUCUUGGGCCACACAUCUAUGACUGACAGCCACUUCGCCAGUCCACUACCACCGUGUCUUCUAGGAGCCUCUAUUCUCAUGCCUCUGGCUUUGAAAGAUAAACAUGUUUGACUCAAACCCUGACUCCUAGAGGGAAGUUUCAUUUACAAACUUUGUUUUUUCUUGAGAGCAUAGUAUAUUUCAGAUACCAUACAGGAUUCAUCAUUAAAUCAUGAUACCAGAGCUCAAAGCAUUUAUAAUCUAUCAGGGAAGACAGAUCCCUAAAUAGAUGUUUCAAUAAUGUGCUUGUGUUGUUACAGGAGAGCUAAGUAAGCUCUGGUACUAUAUGAACUUCUGGAUGAGAAACCUAACUCAUGACCAGAAGACUUCAGGAAGAGCUAUUUAGGAGCAGUGGCAAAUGCCUGGACUCACACACAAAGCUAAGUAAGAACAAAAUAGCCAGUGGAUAUUUUUAUUUAUCUGAAUGUAAGAACACUGAUUAUUGAACAAUGAACAAUUGCUCAGAUUUUAAAAGAAAUGAGGAAAAGUAAAAUGCUAGUCCUCAAAUUCCUGUCACUUCACACAUGUGCCCUGCAAUCAUUUCCUGCAAAUGGAAACUUCUAACAAAAACUCUGGGCUGGAAACCUGGGGUUCCAGUUUCUUUCAAGGUCUUGUGGUAGGGAACUGAGUAGGUCAGUAACCUGCGUUUGGCUUCCAGGGUGCAAACAGAAUCAUUGCUAACCCCCUUUGUGUCUCACAAUGGGUAAUGAAAUUCAUACUAUGGCACCAAAGCACUUUGAACUCUUUAGAAAAAGUAAUCAUAUCAACUUAGAGCAUCAAAACUGCCCCGUAUUUUGAAGGACUCAUGAUCUGCACUGUGCUUGGCUGCUGGUGGAAGCUUAAAGACACCAGUAAUUGGCAGAGCUUUAUCUUACACUUCCAUUUGACCCUCACAACCUCACACAUGAUUUUACACAGCUUCCUGUAAUGGGGGAGAAAAGCACUUCUUUUAAAUCUAAUGUUAGUUGAAAUGCUAAGGCUUUCAAAGUGGGCUUUAAAGUCACUUUUUAGAAACUGUAUUUUUUUUUUUUUUUUACUUAAAAUAGACAUGCCAACAUUAUUCUGACUGAAAGAAGCAGACAAGGUCAUUCAACUCCUAAAAGCUUAUUUUCCAAAAGCACAGUUAGGUCUCAGCUUUCGGGGUGCUUCCGGCUUUAUCAAAAAGACAGAAAAUACUGGUCACUGUGUUUCUUUCUCAAAGUGCCGAGGGUAAUCUGUGUAUGAGAUAAGGGGCCAAUUUCCUAUAGGAACCUUCUCUUAGAUGGGAGAAUAUUUUUAAAUUAAACAAUGUUGGUGUAAUAUAUUUAAAGGUAAAUCACAAAUUCUAAGUCUUCCAAAUAUUUAUUUACUAAUAUGUAAGACAUGGAAACUAUAGAAAUCUCAUUUAAAGGAAGUUACUUUGAUGAAAUUUGUUUUUUGGGGGGUAUGAUUGCUGUUCGCCCUUGUUUGCUUUGGCUCAGGUAAGCAGGCAAGCCCGUUUUUCCAAGGCGAUUCCAACUCCACGCCCCUCAAAACCUUAAAUCCUAAAUUGAGUUAUUGGGUGCAGGUCGGUUCUCCCACAGAACCUCCCAGCAUCCGGAACAGAGGGGCGGGGCAGAAAGACUCUGCUUUUUAUUUCAGAGCUGACGUUUGCAAUCCUAGUGCACUAGCAAAAAAAAAAAAAAAAAAAAAAAAAAAAAAAAAAAAAAAAAGAAAAGAAAAGAAAAAAAAAAGAAAAAAGCUGAAUUUUCCGCGCUCUUCUGGCAAAUUGGCGUCCACUCUCUGACGCGAAACCAAAGGAGGAGUAUUCAAUGGCGACAGGGCGCUCUUUGAAGCCGGCUCCUCGCGGGGAUUCCGGCCCAGGCUGCCGCCGCGGUCCCAGUCCGGCUGCAGAGCGAACUGGAGAGGAUGGAAUCUCCUGCUUCCCGCGGGGCGGAAGGAGCGCCAGGGCCUAAGUAAUUGAAGGCCUGAAACUCCCAUGUGCCACUGACUAGGAGGCUUCCGUGCUGCUGCGCUUCAUGACCCAGCGGCGCGCGGCCCAGUGAAGCCACCGUGGUGUCCAGCAUGGCCGCGCUGCUCCUGGGCGCGGUGCUGCUGGUGGUCCAGCCCCAGCUAGUGCCUUCCCGCCCCGCCGAGCUGGGCCAGCAGGAGCUUCUGCGGAAAGCGGGGACCCUCCAGGAUGACGUCCGCUAUGGCGCGGCCCCGAACGGCUCUGCCCAGCAGCUGCCUCAGACCAUCAUCAUCGGCGUGCGCAAGGGCGGCACGCGCGCGCUGCUGGAGAUGCUCAGCCUGCACCCCGAUGUGGCGGCCGCGGAGAACGAGGUCCACUUCUUCGACUGGGAGGAGCACUACGGCCAUGGCCUGGGCUGGUACCUCAGCCAGAUGCCCUUCUCCUGGCCACACCAGCUCACGGUGGAAAAGACCCCCGCGUACUUCACGUCGCCCAAAGUGCCUGAGCGAGUCCACAGCAUGAACCCAUCCAUCCGGCUGCUGCUCAUCCUGCGAGACCCGUCGGAGCGCGUGCUAUCUGACUACACCCAAGUGUUCUACAACCACAUGCAGAAGCGCAAGCCCUACCCGUCCAUCGAGGAGUUCCUGGUGCGCGACGGCCGGCUCAACGUGGACUACAAGGCCCUCAACCGCAGCCUCUACCACGUGCACAUGCAGAACUGGCUGCGCUUCUUCCCGCUGCGCCACAUCCACAUUGUGGACGGCGACCGCCUCAUCAGGGAUCCUUUCCCCGAGAUCCAAAAGGUCGAGAGGUUCCUGAAGCUGUCGCCGCAGAUCAAUGCCUCGAACUUCUACUUUAACAAAACCAAGGGCUUUUACUGCCUGCGGGACAGCGGCCGAGACCGCUGCUUACAUGAGUCCAAAGGCCGGGCGCACCCCCAAGUAGAUCCCAAACUACUCAAUAAACUGCACGAAUAUUUUCAUGAGCCAAAUAAGAAAUUCUUCGAGCUUGUUGGCAGAACAUUUGACUGGCACUGAUUUGCAAUAAGCUAAGCUCAGAAACUUUCCUACUGUAAGUUCUGGUGUACAUCUGGGGGAGGGGAAAGAAUUUUAAAAAAGCAUUUAAGGUAUAAUUUAUUUGUAAAAUCCAUAAAGUACUUCUGUACAGUAUUAGAUUCACAAUUGCCAUAUAUACUAGUUAUAUUUUUCUACUUGUUAAAUGGAGGGCAUUUUGUAUUGUUUUUCAUGGUUGUUAACAUUGUGUAAUAUGUCUCUAUAUGAAGGAACUAAACUAUUUCACUGAAAAAAAAAAAGAUUUUUCUGGAGACGCUAUCUUUUUUGAAUAUAAUUAACUUGCCCCCAACUCAAAAUAGCUGUCUGUGUUGCACUCAUUGCAAAAUCUAAAUUCUUUUGUUACUUAAAAAAAAACCACAUUUUUUAUGGCUGUUAUAGUCCUCUCCCUCCCCUCCCCUCUCUUCAUUGCUCUUUUUAAUUUUCAAUGUCUCAUUGUGAUCAUCAGAUUUAUUUUUACUUGGAUUGUAAGAUUUAUCUCCUUGAUGAUUCCUUGCCAUUUUUGGAGGUCACGGUUUUACCCAUUCCCACGUGUAAACUUCAAGUAAACGAAGCAAUAUUCAGGAUGGAGAAGCAGUUAGUGACUGGCUAGAAGUCCCUUAGGAUCCAUCUUGACCUCAAAGAAUAUUUGCAUACGCUUCUGAUCUCAGCAGUGGUUGAAACCUACAAUAAAGAGGAUUAAACCCUUGGCCUUCAGAAUGAUCUUGGGCCUGGGUACUUUGCCCCAAGUGGCAGUUGGCCUCCAGAAAGCCAAUUAGAAUAGAAAAGAGAAACUGCAAAAUCUAUGUGUGUCUUCAUCCUGUAGGUUCUGUGAAAGGCUGACUAAAAGGGUAGUAGUCUUUUGCUUAGUUUAAAAGUGCUUACUUCCUGAAAGAUACAUUGGCAUUAUAGACAUAUAUUCCAUAUGCACUGAGACAUAAAUAUGUGUAUGUUUCAAAAUCAACUCUAAAUUUGGAGUCCUGAAUGUGAAAGAAAAUGUAAACUCCCAAGGGUUGAAGUUAAAAAGAGAAAAGGGCAGAGUUGAGGGUAGCACCGAGGAGAGCCACUGUACCUGCCCCCAGAGGAGAGGCUGGAGUUCAUUUUCACUUCUGCCCCCGAGCAGCCAGGUUGUUGGAGAUGGUCACAUAAACCCGUCUUAUCCUCAGUUUUUUCAUGCAUUCUUCAUGCAGUCAGCCUUUUACAAAAUUAAACACAUCGGAUUUUAAUAAAAAUAAAACAUUUAUUACAGUAAAAGAGAAAAUACAAACAAGCAAAAUAAACUGGUUUCCUGACAUAGUUUAUACCGAAGGAAAAUGACAGAAAUGGAUAUUAUUAAUCACCUCCUACACUUAAGAACUCAUUGAAAUUUCUCCAAGCCACCCCAGGAUGCAGAUAUUAUUAUGGAAAUUUCAAAUAGGAGGAAAUAGGUCCAGAGAACAUGAGAAACUUGCCCAAGAUCACAUUGACUAUAAACUCAGGCUUAGAGGCUACUCAGAGUCAAAGCACAGGUUAUUUAUGUAUUUACUUUUUACCCAACUCUUUCUGAGCUCAGAAGGAAAAGCCCAGACUCAGAGCCAGUUCUUCCUGACCUGACUUGACAUUUCUUCCCAGGUGCCAAGUAUCUUCCAUCCUAAGAGGUGUGUCCCAGCUACAGGAAGGGCAAGAAGCAGCCUGCAUUUUUCUCAGCAGUGUUAUCAGGGAAGUGAGUCACCUUGGUAUGUUUCAGCAGCUCCAGCCUGACCUGACCUUAGCAUGGCCUAUGCCUCACCCCAUAUCAUGCGCCGAGAGCAGAGAGGAUGCCUUCCUCUUUAUAAUCCAUUAAAGUUGUCAUUAAACCAUCAUCUCCCCCGGAGGAAGUAGCGGAAAUAUUUACAGCAGGCCCCUGGUGGACAGGGUACUUCUCAAUAGGCAGACAGCCUCCCUCUGCAGCACAUCGUUGGACCUUGCUUGUACCAUACUCGUUGAAGAGCUGAAGAAAUAAGAGGACUCAGAAAGGUUAAGUCGUUUCCAAGCCUGUUCAGGAGUAUGGUGACUGAAAGGAAACUGCAGUGAGAGUCUCUGACUCUGAAGAAGAUGCUCUUUGCAAAUGGCCUGUAUAUUCCUGUGCCCUGACAGGGAUGGUCUGGUUGAAGCGUGAACUGUUGUUGCAAGCGGCAGCGGGGAGGAGUGGAGGAAGACAGGACCGGCACAUGGAACAUAAUCUAGCUGCUGGGACUGGCAUAGUUGAUGGAGGGCAUGGUCCAGUGUAAAAUGAUUAGUGAAUGUAAAUCCAAUGUUUUCAUUUGGGGGUGCAGAGCUGUGGCUAAAGGAAUGUUCAAAUGAGUCUACCAUGAGCAAGGGGUCAGAGGUCCUAGUGGCACUGUAUGUUCAUUCAUUUUUGGUACAACCCCAGCCAGUCAUUGAGAAAGUACACGGGGUAAGAAACCUUCACUCCAGAUUUACCCAAGGUAUUUAUUAAUAGAUAUCACCGAGCACUGUCAAAUUCAAAGGAGGCCCUGUAGUAGACCCUGGCCUGUCCUGAUAGGGCCAAAAUGCAGUGACUCGGGAGCCUAAUAGACACCCAGUCUCUCCCAAACAUGCCUCCUACCAACUCCAUUAACAGAGACAGAUGUCAGUGGAAGGGGUGGGGCUCCUGUCCAGACCACUCCAGCCCAGGGACAGCCUGGGGGAUCUAGGUGGGUCCUUCCAGAGAGGCAGCUGAGAGCAACUGAACCAAGCCUCAGCUAUUCGAUUUGGAAUAUUUACACACUUGACACUCCAGAGUCAGAACAGCCCCUUCCAUUUCCCUUCCUCCUGGAAUCAGAUAGGGUUGAAAUCCUUUUAACACUAUGUGGUUAUCAGCUCACAGCCUGAAAGUUUGCGAGUUUAAGAAAAGUGACAUGACUCUGAGCACAGGGUGCUUUACUCCUUCUGUGCUGGGAGGCUUACCCAAAUGAAAGGAGAUGCAGGGUAGGGGAGGCCAAUGCCUAGUGUGCCUGCUGCUUACAGGGGUGGAGUCACAGGUCACCAUUAUUCAUUAAAAUUUUACUUUUUUGAGCCCCUAUCAUAUGCUCAACAUGGUAUUAAGUCCUUAAGAAUAUAAAAAGAAAAUACAACAGGAACUAGUAGACAGUAACUGUUUGUUCUGGACUUUAAUAAAAAUCCAGAGGGUCUUGGAGUACAAGGGAAAAGACAUUUAGCUGUGUAUAGACUGGGUGGGGCGAUGUGUUCCAUGGUUUGGCAUUCAGUUCAGCAACAUUGCUGAGAGAAAUCAACUAGCCCCCUUAUAGAGAAGAGGAAACUGAGGUUUAAAAAGUGGUCCU